AUGACGGUUUCUUUGCUGAAGUUUAGAGGUUGGCCGCUGAGCUUCCAACGCGCGGCACCGGCGAACCCGCCGCAAGAACCGUUUCGGCUGCACCCGAGCGAGUGGUCGCUCCUGGCGCUCUUCAGCGCCGCUGACCUCGCGAUGGUGUUUGACGUGCCGGAUGGCUUUGACCCUGCGCACCUGCAGGGCCUGGCGGCGGAUGCCCCGAUGCAUCUGCCACGGGCCGGUGGCUACCGGCAGGCUGCGCAUACCGUGCACGCCGCGGAUGGCCCAGCCGCGCAUGGACAGCAACCCUUCGACGUGGCCAGGCCGCGCCGCGGGCAAGAAGGGCCCUGGUUCCUGGCGCCGCACAGCGCCUCGCCGGCCAACUUGGUGAAGCUGAGGGAGCCGCUUCAGCCGGAGCAUGAGGAGUCGGGGGAGGUCUUCGGUCGCAGCCAAGAGCUCCAGGAGAGCGACGUCUUCCUAGGCGGAUCUGCCUUCACCACGAAUGAGAGCGAGAACUUGGGCAUCAUCUACAAGUGGCUGGAUGACAUCAUGUGGUCCCAGAGUUGGGACCACAGCUCCCACCGGCAAGUGGCCUACAAGCAGCUCAAGGAACUCGCGCAGGUGAGCGCUUCCUUGCCAUCUCUGUCCUUCGGGGUGGGUCAAGCGCUGUAUUCCUACUUCUGGUUCGAGGAGAACGGGCCCAAGAUCCACCUGGAGGCGGCAGACCUCUCCGUGAGCCUGCACGACCUCAGCUUGCGCCAUAGCGGGUGCUGGGAUCUGAGCCUCGGCGUGGGCGCGUUCCUGGGCAAAGUCUGCCACGAGCGCUGGCUCUUCCUCAUCAUGCUCUGUGCCGAGGUGGGCACGUCCCUGGCGGCGCAGCGACGAGAGCUGCCGCGCGCCGCGGCGCUGCUGCAGCGCGCCAACCAGCUGUUCACCGAGCUGCAGGAGUACCCCUUCUUCAGCUUCCGCCAGUGGCAGAAGAUGUACGACAUCAACACCAACUCCCACGUCUUCCCCGAGGGCUUCCGGCAGCGCCCGGUGUGGCCCACCUCGGCGGUGCCGUUCGCCGGCUGGCUGGAAGAGAACUACCCCGUCUUCCGAGAAGAGCUGGAUCACAUCCUCAACCAGAGCCUCUUCGACUCCUUGUACUUCAUGGGCCACGUCUCCAUGACUCAGUUCUCCGGGCGGCGCGAGAGCUGGGCGCCCCUCAACCUGAUCCACAAUCGGGAGCUGGCGGUUCACGCGUGUGAGGCGGCGCCGCGCAGCUGCGCGCUGCUGCAGAGCCGCCCGGAGAUCGCGCGCUGCCACGCCAGGGACGUGGGCGCCGCCUUCGCGCGGCUGCAGCCCGGGAUGGGCAUCAAGCCGCACUUGUGGAACGCGCCCCCCAGGCUGGCGGCGCAUCUGGGGCUUCACACGCCCCCCGGGGCCAAGAUGUGGGUGGCGGACCAGGAGUUGCAAUGGGCCGAGGGCAAGGCCGUGGUCUUCGAUGACACCUACAUCCAUAGCGUGGCGCACGAAGGCAGCGAGGACCGGUACCUGCUCAUCACCUGGUUCUGCCACCCCUGCGACAACAUGCACGCAGAGGUCCCCGCGGAAGACCCGGAGCGCUUCUGCCCCUGA